AUGGCGUUCGCCUACAAUUCGCAGCUUGAUGCUUUCACACUGUACCAUGUGUCAAAUGAAGAGGCGUCGCGUAAAAGAGUGAUAGGGCCCGCGCUGCCGGCACUUGGCCAUGCUACUUCCGGUGCCUUGGGAACUGCAAUUUCCAAGCUCAUCACCUAUCCUCUUGACCUGGUGAUAACGCGUCUGCAAGUGCAGAAGCAUUUUCAGACCGACGACCGUCAGGCGGAUUACGAAGGCGUCCUCGACGCGGUUGCAAAGAUCUACGAAAAUGAAGGAGGUAUUGGAGCAUUCUACACCGGUAUCUUGCAGGAGGUCGGUAAAGGCGUGGCGGACAGCUUCUUGUUCUUCCUCGCCUAUUCCUAUAUUGGUGAGAAGAGAAGAGUGGCGCAGGGCUCGCGCAAGCUAUCAGCAUUGGAUGAGAUCGGUGUAGGCGUUAUUUCAGGCGCCUUUUGCAAAUUCUUGACAACGCCCAUACAGAAUGUCGUCACACGGAAGCAGACCGCUGCAAUGGUGCACGCACGAGAUCCCACAUCGUCAUCUUCACCUAACUUGAGCGCCAAGGAUAUUGCGUUGCAGAUCCGAGACGAGAAGGGAUUGCAAGGUUUCUGGUCGGGUUAUUCUGCGAGUCUGGUGUUGACGUUGAAUCCCUCGAUCACGUUCCUGCUGCACAAAAUGCUGCUACGGCUGCUGGUAACGAGAGACAAGCGAUCGGACCCUGGAGCUCGGAUCACGUUCCUCAUAGCAGCAGUCAGCAAAGCGCUCGCGUCGACUGUUACAUACCCGUUCUCGCUCGCAAAGACGCGCGCUCAAGUGUCUUCGCAAAAGCCAUCCCAAACUGCAGGUCCUACGUCUGAAACAGAGAAGCUCGGAGAUUUCAGCCAAUCCCGAGCAGUACGAGCACGCCAACGAACGGUCUUCAGCACUAUUCUUCGCAUAGCUAAGACGGAAGGUCUAUGGGCGCUCUACCAGGGUCUGGGUGCAGAAGUCAUGAAGGGGUUCUUCUCACAUGGGAUCACGAUGCUCAUGAAAGAUCAGAUCCAUACCGCCAUCAUCAACAUGUACUACCUCGUUCUGAAAUCGCUCAAGAAGUAUCCCAGCCCGGAAGAUUUGGCAAAGAUGGCCUCCGAGCAGGCACAUGAUGCAUAUGAGCAAGGCAAAGAGCAAGUUGGCGAUGCGUAUGCGAAGGGCGUCGAGGUCGCCGGUUCUGCAGCAGCAAAGUUGCAAGAAGUUGCAGCGAGCGGGUCGCACCAGGCCGAGGGGUUGAUUGAGAAGGGGAGAGAGGCAGCGAGCGAAGCUGCGAAACAGGCCGCACAAGGGAGGAACGACCGCCUCUCACUUGCUGCUACCACUACCGCUACCUCUGCCGCGCAGUGCACCCGCGCCUCUGCUCACCGAAUUUAUUCUUCCCGGGCGUCCGGGCGCCCCCCGCAUAGCGACAGCGACACCAGCGCUUGCUCCCAAGCCGCCGCAAAUAACGCUGACGCCUCUAGCAAGGAACUGGAGGCGGAGCUUGAGAAGGACAUCGAGGAGAGCGAGAAGCGAGAGCGCAGGCUAAAGGAAAAGGUUGAGGCUCUCGGCUUCGAAGUGGAAGAGUGGAAGCAAGAUCGAAGCCAGCAAUGCACAGAACAAGCUCCAGAAGGAGAUCACCGCUCUCCGCGAGUCGCAGCGGUCGCUCCAGAUGCAGCUUCGCGAUACUGA